GAUAGUAUAUUUGCGUGUUUAGGCGGACCCCCACCACGAUCCCCAGUGGAUGGAAGAAGGGAUCCAUAGCCACGUGACUCUGAAUAAGAGUGGUGAAUCCUUUUGUACCUUUUAUCAGUCCGCGUAUAAACUUUUACAUUAACCACUAAAGGCGUUGAUAUCAGGGUCAGAUCACGUUGGGAAGCGAUGGAGGCGCCUUCUCAGACCAAAACAGCUGGGAAUAUCCAGAAUAUCCAGAAUAUCCAGAAUAUCCAGAGUAUCCAGAGUAUCCAGAGUAUCCAGAGUAUCCAGAGUAUCCAGAGUAUCCAGAGUAUCCAAUCCCCUUCAGCAGCUAACCUUGCAACACUACAGUCCUACAGACCGCUGGUGAACGACUAUGGACCGCCCUCGUUGGGAUUCUCGCAGGGUUCUAGUGGAAACCAAGUACCUCAGAGUAAAUAUGCAGAGCUCCUGGCCAUCAUCGAGGAGCUGGGCAAGGAGAUCCGGCCCACGUACGCUGGCAGUAAAAGCGCCAUGGAGAGACUGAAAAGAGGUAUUAUCCAUGCCAGGGGGUUGGUACGCGAGUGUUUGGCUGAGACGGAGCGGAACGCAAGAUCCUAGCCUUGUGGAGCCAUUCGUUUCCCCUGCAAGAACAAAUUGUAUGCGUUCCCUUACGACACCCAAACAAACAGUACUUUGCAUGGUAUUUCCUUUGAAUGGAGGAAAGAUAUGGAAAAGGGAUAAUAAAAAAUAAAUGAAAAUGUUGAAAACAUCACAAAAGAAAAAUUGCAUUAUAAUAAUAAUGAUAAAUGUGUGGAUUAUUUUGGCAAGAAAAUUAAGGGAUACUGUGAGUUCCUUAUUGUUUAGGUUUUUUUCUUAAAUUGCCCCACUUUGGGUGUUCAUUUUGACUUCCUAUUUAAAACGUUUGGUUAAUGCAUGAGAAAGUUGACCCAUGGUAGCCCAGGGGUUAAUUGUAGAAACUGCAUGGCUUGUACAAAGCUAGAUUAGUAAGACUUGAUCUCUUUUUUGAUAGAAAUUGGUCUGAUUUCCAGACCCUUGUAAACCAUGUGGGGUUGAAGGACAGAGCUGUGCCAAAUGCAUCGGUUUGUUCAUUUUGAGGUUGUUUUUGGUAUGAAAUGGAAACUGUUACUUGCAUCUUUGUAUGUAUUUAUUACUCAGUGUAAUAAAUUGUAUUUUCAA